UCUGCCACCCAGGGCAUCAUGGCUCUCAGGGACCAAUUUGGAGACAGAAAGCCCCCGGAUAUCACAAGAAAAAUCACAGCAUGUGUCGCGUGCAGAAAACAGAAAAUCAAGUGUCACAUGCGCGAUGGGCAGCCGCCGUGCGUGCGGUGCAAAAAAAGGGGGCUGUCGUGUACCGUCAACCGAAGCCUGCAAAUGAUCCUCGAGAGCGAUGCCAACUGGAAGGAGGUCAUGGAGCGCAAGAUCCGAGUGCUGGAAUCAGCUCUGGGAAAGGUGGCCAGUCACUUGUCCAUUCCCGACAUUCUGGAGGAAGCCGACGACGAUGAAGACGAUAUUGCAAUUGCCAAGGACCCUCAUGCAUCCAUGAUGCCGACUCCAACAAGAGCCUCUCAAACAGGACCGUCGCCAAAUGCCGAGAAGCACACUACACAGCAUACGCCGCAUAACUUCGAGAUUGUCAUGGACCCUGACUCUGGCCCAGCUGCAAUCCCUGGCUCCGUCGUAUCGCCUAUCGCCAUCCCAGGCCUCGAGAAGGAUCGAGCGGAGCAAGAUAUCAUCACGAGAGGUGUUGUGACGGAGCAGCAAGCGCAGUCUUAUCUCGACAUAUACCAGAACCGACUCGAUCAUUUCCUGUACCGCAUCAUUGGCGAUCGAAAAUCGCUGACUGAAGUUCGUGCCGACUCUCCCCUCCUACUCGCCGCAAUAUGCGCAGUAGGUGCAUUACAUCUUGCCACCCCAGAUUUCGAAAAGUGCUACCAAGAAUUCGUCACAAUUGCCGCCGCGCAGACAUUCUCUCGCAGAAACAAUGUCGACGAUAUUCGAGGUCUUUUGGUCGGCGCAUUCUGGCUGAGCGGGAUUAGCUGGACGUGCAUUGGAGCAGCUGUUCGCAUUUCCACAGAGAUACAACUGCACCGAAGUAUAUUCAAAGCAUUGCAGGGAGAGCGCAGCCACUACCUUCGCGCGCGACUGUACUACCUGGUAUUCAUAUGCGAUCAUCACUUUUCCAUAGCAUACGGACGACCGCCCAUGACACGCCAGGAUGACACAAUUCGUGCAGCUCUGCAAUUCCUUGAGACUGAGCAUGCAGUUGAAGACGACGCCAGACUCAUGUCUCAGGUUCAGUUCUGGUCUGUUGGGAGCGAGAUCUAUCAGACUUUUGGCAUCGAUGUUGACAGACCGCUUGAUGCAAGCUCGAUUGACCCUAUCAGAAGGUUCAGCAUAAGUUUGGACCGUAUACGUGCCGACUGGACGCAACGCUUCCACCACAAUCGGUACGUGGGCAAUUAUCCGAGGAAAGGAGUCGGCCUCCACUACCACUUUGCCAAGCUCUAUCUCUAUUCCAUGGCGUUCCGUGGCAUUGGCAAACCAGGCUUCAAGGCUCCUGAUGUUGCGUUGGACAUUGAUGAGCUCGCCAACUCUGCCGUGCUCUCCGCUACUGCCAUCCUCCGAGCAGUGGUAAACGACACCGAAAUUCAAGACCACCUCAACGGCCUGCCCACCUAUUUCGAUGUCAUGAUCGCCUUUGCUGUGGUCUUCGUGCUCAAAGUAUCAACGAAAUAUGCCAGCUCAGUUCGCGUUGACACUAGCGAGGUGCGCACACUGGUUUCCAAUCUGGUAGUGGUUCUCAAGAAUGUGACAGCUGAGAUGCAUCCUCGGCAUUUGCUUGUGAGCGUGGCAAGAGGAGCAGAGACAUUGCUCGAACGAGCUUCGCAGCAGGACACGAGAGGGCCUGUUCCGGCCAAUGCUCACGUCACGAUGAGCCAGCCCAACUUUGACGAGUCGCUGUUCGACAUGGCCACAGACUGGAAUGGCGCUUCAUUCGACAACUUCUUUAUGGGAGAGUUCGAUUUUCUGUCUAAUCAGGAUGCGAUGCAAACUUAUCAGCCAGAUUUGAAUUACAAUAACAUGCCACAAAUGUGAGUUGCUAGCGUCAAUGGUUCAGGACGAGAUCAAAGGCAUCGUAAUUCCGCCAUUGAUGACACGCCAGCUUGCUGGAGUCCUUGGCAGGCUCCGAGAUUAUGAGUGGAAUGUCUUGCUCUGAAAUACCACGAUGCGAUCUCAGACGGUGAUCGCCCAGAUUCGACAAGUCGUGUUCGUCCUUGCGACUUCCAAUGACUGCAUGUUUGGUGGGGAUCACAAUAAAGUCGCCUUCGCGAUCUGGAUGCAGAUCGAAAUUUUGCGCCGCCGCACGACUUUCCAUGGCCACGUCGACGUUUGGAAGAGUUUUGCAGAACUUCAACAUAUCGUCCAAAUCAUCCUUCUUGGAUACGUAUACCCUGACGAAGGAUCCAAGUGCUCCAUGAUGCUUGACGAAAGGAUCCGUAAUUGGGCAGAUGACACGAGCACGGCCGUGACCCCAUUUCUCAGCGAGCACGUCUUCGAGAUAGAGCACAUUGGGUGUUCCAUCAGCGUUGCUCUUGUCACUCAUGCCGUGGUCGCCGGUGAUUGCCACACGAGCACCGAGGUUGAUCAGCUUGCCAAUCUUCGAAUCAAGAGACUUCAUGAAGGUGUUGGAUGUGUCCGAGCCCGGGGCAUGUUUGUGCUGGAUGUAGUCGGAGAGCGUCAAGU